AUGUCGUCGUCCACGUCCGCCUCGUCCAACGUCGUGGGCGUGCAUUAUCGGGUCGGGAAGAAGAUUGGCGAGGGCUCGUUCGGUGUCAUCUUCGAGGGCACCAACUUGCUCAACAACCAGCAGGUCGCCAUUAAAUUUGAACCACGAAAGAGCGAUGCCCCACAGCUAAGGGACGAGUACAGGACAUACAAGAUCUUGGUCGGCUGCCCUGGUAUUCCUAAUGUCUAUUAUUUCGGCCAGGAAGGAUUGCACAACAUCUUGGUCAUCGACCUGCUCGGACCCAGUCUGGAAGACCUCUUCGACCACUGCCAUCGUCGCUUUACCGUCAAGACUGUGGUCAUGGUUGCGAAACAAAUGCUGUCACGCGUCCAAACCAUCCACGAGAAGAACCUGAUUUACCGAGACAUCAAACCUGACAACUUCCUGAUCGGUCGCCCGGGCACCAAAUCCGCAAAUGUCAUCCAUGUCGUGGAUUUCGGCAUGGCCAAACAAUACCGAGACCCGAAGACGAAACAACACAUCCCAUAUAGAGAAAGGAAGUCGUUAUCAGGAACCGCCCGAUACAUGAGUAUCAAUACCCACUUGGGACGAGAACAAUCACGAAGAGACGACUUGGAGGCGCUGGGUCAUGUUUUCAUGUACUUCCUGCGUGGUGGGCUUCCAUGGCAAGGACUGAAAGCGGCCACGAACAAGCAGAAGUACGAAAAGAUUGGAGAGAAGAAGCAGUCGACCGCUGUCAAAGACUUGUGCGACGCCUAUCCAGACCAAUUCAACAAAUACCUCCACUACGUCCGAAAUCUGGGCUUCGAAGACCAACCCGACUAUGAUUACCUUCGCGAACUCUUCACGUCUGUUCUCAAGGACACCGGCGAAGUUGAAGACGGCGAGUAUGACUGGAUGAAGCUGAACAACGGCAAGGGCUGGGAAGCCAUGAAGCUCCACCCUUCCGCCGCCCACCUCCAACACGGCGUCCCCAACUCCUCCGCCCGCGAGCUCCACGGCGCCCGCGCCCCCAAGACUCCCAUGACCCACGACCGCCUCAAUGCCGACCUCCCAAAACCGGGAGCGGCCCGCGCCGCUCAGCCCGGCGCCUCCGCGGGUCGCCAUCCCCAGCGCCGUGAGCCGGGCGGAGUCUCCCCGGCCUACACGCCCGACACGCCGACCGGCACGGGGAAGCGAGGGUCGCAGGCGCAGGGCGCGGAUUUCCGCGCGCCGGAGGGGUCGACGGUUGCACAGUUUCAGCACAGCCAGCCGAACCUCUCGCGGAACGGCGUGAUGCAGCAGUCGACGGGGCCGCAGGUGCGGCCGCAGAGUCCGCAGGGCAUGACAAGGGGGCAGGGUGAGCAGCCGCUGACGGUGUGGCAGAAGAUUGCGAAGGUGGUGUGUUGUGGUAGGUGGUGA